AUGUGCAAGUAUAUAUGUCUUGGCCAUCUUAUAAUAAUGUUAUAUUUGAUCAAGGAAAUAACUCCUAUGGUCGAGUUUACGAAUGUCAAGUGCACUUCCUGGGAUAAGAAGUUUGCUGACUUUGAGUACUGCCACCUGAAGUCGGUCAAUCGCAGCUUUAAGUACUUGUCCCUCAAGGUUAACCUACACAAAGUUCCCAUAACCAAAAUAAAGGUUAACUUUGCUCUGCUCAAGCGUUACAGUGGCUACAAGCCUUUUCUGUACAAUAUCACAUUCGACGCCUGUAAACUCCUGAAACACCCCAAGUCGAACCCGAUUGCUGGCUUCUUCCACGGCCUGUUCAAAAAGCACUCCAACAUGAAUCACUCGUGCCCAUAUGAUCACGAUCUUUUAGUUGACAAGCUGCCCACGAGCUUUUUGAACAAACAAAUAACCGGAGCUCUCAACUUUCCACUUGGGGAAUACCUUUUCCACUCGGACUGGUUUGCAUAUGGAGUCAAUCGGGCGACCGUUGACUUCUUCUACACUCUUUCAUAA